GCUGCUUGGAAGAAGGCGCCGAGCACGAAUUCCGGGGGAGCCUCUUUGUUGCCCCUCUGCCCGCAUGUCUUUGCCGAGCUCAGCAGUGAAGUUCCGCAGGAUCUUGGCUCACUUCCCCCAAGAGCUCAGCCUAGCUUUCGCUUAUGGCUCUGGGGUCUUCCAACAAGCGGGGUCUUCUACAGCCAGAACGGAGAACAAUAUGCUGGAUUUUGUAUUUGCAGUUGAUGAUUCUACAACAUGGCACACAAUGAACCUGUCAAAAAACCGGAGUCAUUAUUCCUGCCUAAAAUAUUUUGGAACCAAAUCAAUAUGUAACGUCCAAAACUAUGGAGCAGGGAUUUACUACAAUACAUUGGUGCCUUGUAAUGGUAGGAUUAUAAAAUACGGUGUCAUAAGUACUGAUGCUUUAAUUGAAGAUUUGCUGCGAUGGAAGACACUUUAUGUAGCUGGACGUCUGCAAAAGCCGGUGAAAAUUCUGGCUCAGAAUGAGAAUGUUAAGCUGCAAGAGGCUCUGAACAGUAAUUUGAAGAGUGCUGUCAUGGCAGCCUUUCUCAUGUUGCCUGAAAGUUUCUCUGAAGAAGAUCUUUAUAUGAAGAUUGCUGGAUUGUCGUAUUGUGGCGAUUUCAGAAUGCUCAUUGGAGAAGAUAAAUCAAAGGUUAUGAACAUAGUGAAACCAAACAUGAUACAUUUUCAGAAGCUGUAUAGCCACAUUUUGCAAGAUAGCCCUCAAGUGAUAUACAAGCAUCAGCUGGGCAAGUUAGAGAUAGAUAAAAGUCCAGAAGGUCAGUUUGCACAACUGAUGGCUUUACCAAGCACCCUGCAGCAAAAAAUAACUUUUCUCAAGGAUUCUCCGGGGAAGAACAGAGAUGUGGAAGAAAUUUUAUUACAGGUCGCCCAUGACCCUGACUGUAGAUUUGUGGUACACCAAGGUAUUUCAAGAAUUGUGGGAUUGUCCAGCCUAAUUCAGAGUGCUAAAACUACCCUAACAGCUGGGAUGAAAAAGUCAUUGAUCUACAGCAUGAAGAAGAUGUACAAAAUGUCAAAGGGAUGGUUCAGAAAAUCAUGACAGCUAUGAAGUUAAAAUUUUGAAAAACCUGAUCUUCUCAUGACUAAAUGGUAUUCUAGUUUAUUUUUUGCAUCAUGUUGGAAGACAAAGCAUUUUGUUCAGUUUGGAGAAACUUUGAUGUAUUUAUUUUCAGACAACUUUUCAGAGAAGAUAACAGAUUAAGAUAAAAUCCGUUUUUUACCUGCUUCCUUGAAGACUGCUUGGAAUGAUUUUUCACUGUGCUUAUUAGCAUUUUUCUAACUUUUCCACAGUCGACUUACUUUACAUGUGUUAUACAUGUAAUAUCUUCAAAGCAUCCCUGUUUCCAAGGUCUUAUAUUUUUGAGGUAUUUUUAAAAUCACAUUUGGGUUAAGAGUUCUAUUGUCCUUCUGUUUUUGCAUCAUUCAUUUUACCAAGAACUUAUAAUGAUUUUGUCCUAUAGUUUAAGAAACGCUGAAUAGCAAUGUGUUAAAUUCUUUUGCUUGUGGCACACUCACUGUGUAGAGCUACAUAUCAAGUAACUUUGAGAAAGGUCAGACAUGCGCUUUCCAGGCACAGUUGACAUCACAGCCAAAUAUUGGUGAAUAGCUCGUAUUUCAAAACAAGAUGAUCUGGUUAUUGUUGAGUUCCUGGGAUUAAUAAUAGGUGUAUAUAUAAUGCACGUAAUGAAAGUGUUCUGCUACACUGCCAAAUCACAAAAUGCUUAAUGUCAGACUGUAUAAUCUUCAGGUAGCCCAACCAGGCUCAAUAAUACCUAACAUAAAAUCAGAGAAUAUUUUC